AAGGCAGGGGGAGUACGAAUCCUUAACGCAAGCUCUGGACGAAAAACGCAGCACUCUUGCGGAGAUAAUUCUACUGAUGCGCCAUCUUAACAUCUUUGUUUGAUAUCAGCACGGUAUUAGUAUCUGCACGUCUUUAAUUGUGAGGUCGAGGUGUCUUUAAUUGUGAGACCGAGGUGAAUCAGGGUUGACCGUCUGGUCACUGAGGGCUUUGCUGCGCUUAUGAUUAGCCGCGAUUGGAUCAACAGUUCUAUCGUGCAAGCUUUUAGGGGCGUUCAAGAUAUCUGAAUCUCUGAUUCUGCGAUUGCAAUAAUUGCGUUCUGAUUUCAUUGUGUAAUCAGCGAUACAGAGGAGGCUAGACAUAUUAUGCCUGUUCAGAACUCGAGAUCUGAUCAGGGUAUGUCCAAAUAUAGAACUAAACGCAAUUCUCUCAAUUCCCCUUGUGGCUAGAGCAGUAGCAGCUGUCCUCGUCGCAGCACGGCUGCAUGCUGCGACGCUAUCCAACCAUACUGAUCGUAAUAUGACUAUAUGAGUACAACACCCGUGACCAGUGCUUUAUGGAGUUAAUUUUGUUGAACACCAGACCUUUUGAGUUAUUGUUAUCGUCCAUCGCAUAAACCUAAAUGAUUUAUGAUUUAAAUUUGGAAUCAUAUAACCUUCAUAAAGGAAAGGAAAACAUCUCUGUACCAUGGAAAAGCGGAAGAACCAAAAUGAUGAACCCACCAAAUCGGAAACAAGAAGUGCGGAUACGGACGUCGGGAAUAAAAAAGCUCGCUGCAGCCCGGAUAAGAAUUUCGAGGACGUGGAACCCGAUGGAUCACGUAAAAUGGACGAACAAAGUUCCGAGGAAGGUAGCAGUGCAACUGACUCUGGCAAUGAAGUGUCUGACAGAAGUGAAGAUUACGGAGACCUGGAUUACGAAGGCUGUUUCUACGGCUCAUUUCAAAGUGCCUACGAGGAAGAGUGUCCAUCUCAAGUUAGUAUUCCCAGAUGGCUCCAAUUUCCUCCUUAUUCCUCGGAUAUGGUUACCGGGAAGUGGAAAAUGACGUUUUCUUCUGACAUUGUCGAUUUUCGGUGGCAAGAAGUUAAGCAGUUGUUUCGAGAAAGAAAACUGCCGCCUGCUGUCACCAAAGUGGUGGUAGCGACCCUAGGUGCUUACAGCGAAGAACACAAUGCGCAUUAUAUGUUGUUCUGCUGUGCUCCGGCCAGUCGAGAGGCGGCCAUAAAUAUUGCUGUAAACCUCGUCCGUGUUUUCCCCCCUAGUGAGGAUGUAAUUUUUUACAAGGACGAUAAUGCUGCACCGGGAACAAGCCAGUGGCACUUCAGCUGCGAAAGUGAGUAUCGUGUGAAUUUGUCACUCAAUAGCGGAAUGAAUGGCGUGACGUCCAAAAUACCAGUCGACCAUAUUCUUCCUCGCGAAAACACGAAAACGAAGUGGAUGAGCAUUGCAGUAAACAGCAACUGCUACGGUGGUGGAAAGUGGAUGUACCAUUUUGACGAAGAAGAAAUUGAUGAAAAGUGGAUUCGUAUUAAAGAACUGGUUGCGGCGGGCGGUUUAACGGGCGUCAAGAAAGUUGUAGUUAGCACCCGGCGGAGCAUUGUAGAGGGAAACUUCACUGAAUAUGUUUUGCUCUUCAUAUGCGGACCAGCAGAAGAAGAAGAUACAGUAACAGCGGUUGGAAAGCAACUACUCCGCGUUCUUCCCCCGCGUUCUUGUGAUGGCGGAAUAUACUAUAAAUCAACGGAGCAAUCGGAAAGGGGAAACCAGAAAAGCGGCCAAGACGUGAAUCAUCUUUAUUUUUUGCGCUCUACUGAAGGUUUCGAGCAGAAUCUAAAAACUGAGUGAUAGUGCAGGCUUAGAUUGCUAUCAUUUUUGGAUAAUUUACUUAUAUACGCAUUUCCAUAUAAUCGUGCUUGGUGUUUGUCCAACACGCGCUAACAGUUGCAUAACCACCAUGCGCUACUUAAGACAUUGCACUACAACGUUGUACUGUUCUUCCAGUCAGUGUGUUGAGUGGUUUUUUACUUACAGUUAGUUUUUGUUUCGUUAAGAACUAUUGGGAUCCUGUCAUAAUGGCUGUAGGUUCGGCCACAUUGUGUGAAUACUUCAGCACGGUUUUCUGUGUUUCAAACUUUAACUUUGGCUUUCCGGUAAAAG